AUGCAGUUCGCUCGCUUCGCCAUCUUCACCGCACUCGUUGCCAGCGCCGUCAUGGCCGCACCCUCUCCCCAAGUCGGCGGUGAGGUUACGCCAGACACCAACACUGCUGCCAGCUCUACCGGCUCUUGCUCCGUCGGCACUGCUCAAUGCUGCGGCACCACCAAGUCUGGCGAUGACGCCAAGGACCUCGGAGCUCUGCUCGGCUUCACCGACCUGGUCGGAACUCUUGGUCUGUCUUGCCAAAAGAUCCCCAUCAACAUCAUUGGCGCUGCUGCCAACGUUGACAACCAGUGCAAGCAGACCGUGAGUGACACUUGGGGAGCGAUCGAGCCGAGCCUCUUUUUUUCCUUCCAGAAUGACACCUGACGCUCACACCCUUCUCUACCCUCUUUUCUCAUAGCCCGUCUGCUGCACUGGCGAGCGUCACAACGGCCUCGUCCAGGUCGGCUGCACUCCUCUCCCCAUCAACUAA